CCGCUGCUCGCGAACGCGGAUCUCGCGCCCGUGGGCGCGCGGGACCGAACCUUCUCCGCCGCGGACGUCGCCGCGCUGUGGAUCGGCCUCGUCGUCUGCGUCCCCGCGUACACCCUCGCGGGGUCGCUCCUGGACCUCGGCAUGAGCGCGGUGGAGGCCAUCGGAUGCAUCAUGGUCGCGAACGCGCUCGUGUUGAUCCCCUUGGUGUUGAACGGCCACGCCGGGACGAAGUACGGCGCGCCGUUCCCCGUCCUCGCGCGCGCGGCGUUCGGCGCGCGCGGCGCCUCAGUCCCCGCGGUGUUACGCGCGCUCGUCGCGUGCGGCUGGUUCGGGAUACAGACGCACGUGGGCGGGCAGGCGAUCUACGCCAUCGCGCGGAGCGCGCUGGGCGUCGUCGGUUCUGCGGCGGUUGACGUUCCAUCUUCCGCCGCGUCAUCGCCGAUCAUCGCGUGGCUCGGGACGUCGGCGCCGGAGCUCGCGUGUUAUUUUUUGUUCUGGACCGCGCAAGUCGUCAUCGUGUGCCGCGGGAUCGAGAGCAUUCGCACGCUGGAGCGGUUCGCCGCGCCGGUGUUGAUCGCGCUGACCGCAGCGCUGUUUAUGUGGGCGUACGGCGCCGCGGGCGGGCUCGGGGUGAUGCUGUCCGCGCCGAGCGCGUUCGCGGCGGGCGGCGCGCGAGCCGGGCAGUUUUGGUCGGUAUUUUUCCCCUCCGUCACCGCCGUCGUCGGGUUCUGGGCGACGCUGUCGCUCAACAUAAGCGACUUCACGCGGUACGCGACGUCGCAAAAGGCGCAGUGCGCCGGUCAAGUCAUCGGGCUGCCGGUGUUCAUGGCGCUGUUUUCGUUCGCGUCGAUCGCGAUCACGUCGUGCGCGGCGGCGGCGUUCGGCCGCGUCAUCUCCGAUCCCAUCGCGUUGCUCGCGGCGAUGAACAACGGCCCGUUGACGACCGUCAUCGCCAUGGCUGGUCUGCUCGCCGCGACCCUGAGCACGAACAUCGCCGCGAACGUCGUCGCGCCCGCGAACGCCUUCGUGAACUGCGCGCCGGAGAAGAUUUCGUUCAAGAUGGGCGGCGUCCUCACCGCGGUGCUCGGUACGAUCGUCGCGCCGUGGCGAUUCACCGCGGACGCCAGGCGCGUUCUAUACACUGGUCCCCAUACGACCGCCGGGUACAUCUUCACGUGGUUAAUCGGGUACUCCGCGCUGUUGGGCCCGGUCACCGGGAUCAUGAUCGCGGACUACUACGUCGUUCGCGGGCGGACGCUGAGUCUGGACGGCCUGUAUCAGCACGGCGCGCGGUCGCCGUAUUGGUACGUCGAGGGGUUUAAUCCGGCGGCGGCGUUCGCGUUCGCGUUGGGGGUGCUGCCGAACGUUCCGGGGUUUCUGCGAGCCGCCGGGGCGGUGACCUGGUGCGCGCCGUGGGCGGCGGCGGUGUACGACUACGCGUGGUUCGUCGGGUUCGGGAUCGCGUUCGUCGUGUACGUGGCGAUGAUGCGGAGCACGCGGCGG